AUGUCACUGAACCAAAUCCCCGUCGUGCCACAAGCACCUGGCCUGCCCGCCUUCUAUCCACCCGACAAGCUACCCAAGGGUGCUGUGAUCGCGUUCAUGCCAGUGGUUAUCCUGCCCCAGGAAUACUAUACCAACUGCGAAGAGAAUUCUCUACACAUCACUGAAAACAAAUACCAAACUGUUGAUCCUUUCCCGCUGGGCGUGCAGCCUGCUGCCAUCCCGAAUGUCUUCAGUGUGCACUCAAUCUUCUCGGGCGAAUCACCGAGGGAUCAAUGCAUGUGCCCAUGCUCCUGCACACAGAACCUGAACAAAUCGUACAAGAAACGUGAAACUAAUGCUGAGGAUGCUGCUGAGGUUAAAGCCGCUGUAGAACCUGUAGCUGAAGCUACCACUGUUGAGGAAGUCAAGGUUGAAGCACCUGUAGAAGUUAAGGCUGAGGCUCCCGUCGAGACCAAGAUUGAGACACCUGUUGCUGAAGCUUCUACUCCCGUUGAGGUCAAGGUUGAAGCACCUGUCACUGCUGAAGAAACCAAGCUUGAGGCUCCAGUUGCUGAAGCUUCCUCUCAAGUCAAAGUUGAAGCACCCGUUGCUGAAGCCAAGGUUGAAGCUCCAGUUGCGGAAGCUUCUUCCCCUGUGGAAGUCAAGGUUGAGGCACCAGUAGCUGAAGUUAAGGCUGAGGCUCCCGUUGCUGAAGCUUCAUCUCCCGUAGAAGUCAAGGUUGAGGCACCCGUUGCCGAAGCUUCCUCGCCUGUGGAGACCAAGGUUGAAGCACCCGUUGCUGAAGCCUCCUCUCCAGUAGAAGUCAAGGUUGAGGCACCCGUAGCUGAAGUUAAGGCUGAGGCUCCCGUUGCUGAAGCUUCAUCUCCCGUAGAAGUCAAGGUUGAGGCUCCUGUUGCUGAAGCUUCUUCCCCUGUGGAAGUUAAGGUCGAGGCACCCGUCGCUGAAGCCAAGGUUGAGACUCCCGUUGCUGAAGCUUCCUCGCCUGUGGAAGUCAAGGUCGAAGCACCCGUAGCUGAAGCCAAGAUUGAGACUCCCGUCGCUGAAGCUUCCACCCCUGAGGAAGUCAAGGUUGAGGCACCCGUUGCUGAAGCCAACGUAGAGUCUCCCGUUGCUGAAGCUUCAUCUCCCGUGGAAGUCAAGGUUGAGGCACCCGCUGAAGCUAAGGCGGAGACACCAGUCGCUGAAGCCUCUUCCCCUGAGGAAGUUAAGGUUGAAGCACCCGUUGCUGAUGCCAAGAUUGAGGCUCCAGUUGCUGAAGCUUCCUCUCCUGUGGAAGUCAAGGUAGAAGCACCCGUAGCUGAAGCCAAGGUUGAGACUCCCGUCGCUGAAGCUUCCUCCCCUGUGGAAGUCAAGGUCGAUGCACCCGUUGCUGAAGCCAAGGUAGAGUCUCCCGUUGCUGAAGCUUCAUCUCCCGUGGAAGUUAAGGUAGAGGCACCAUCUACUCUGACGACCGAGAACGAAAAAAUCACCGAAUCGACCUCGAACUAG